ACGAGACAAAGGGAUGGUGCGGUCGAUGAAGUUCUUACUGCUGUUGGCUUUGGCUGCUGUGGCUGCUGGGGAUAAUUUCCUUGGUGGACAUAGGCUUUUCCGUCCCGUUGGGCAUGGGCGGUUCCCUCCUGCCAGGCAUGGAAUCAGGCCCAAUGCUUUCAGCUUCCCACGUAGAGGACAUGGCUUCAGACCUGCCGCCGUCCACCGUCCCGUGCGACCCGUAGCACCUGUGCGACCUGUGGUGCACCAGCCGGCUCCCGUGCCCCCGGUGCACCGAGGCCGAAGUGGACCUGUGGUGCCCCAGCCAGCUGCUUCGGGCGUCCCGGUGGACCAAAGGCUGGGCGACAGCGAGUACCACUUCUCGUGGCGCCAUGACGGCAGCAAGACCUACACGUGGGAUGGCGCCAACCAGUACUGCGGCAACCUUGGCUCCGGCUGGCAGGGUAUCAGCAUCGAGACUCACCAAGAGGACAGUCUCGUCAGGGAUGCGAUUACAAGAGAUCAUCUACCAUGGAUUUGGACCUCAGGUCAGAUCAAGAACCAUGGCUUCGCCUGGGCUUCAGGUGCUGAAUUCGUGGGUCUCAACUGGUCUCACACCGGCGGGAAUCAUCGACCACAACCAGACAACCGAGAGGGGAACGAGCACUGCCUGGCGGUUCUCAACAACUUCUACGACGACGGCGUCAAGUGGCACGACAUCGCCUGCCACCACGAAAAGGCCAUCAUCUGCGAGCACAAAGUCCGAGUCCAUGGAUGAACACAAAUACACAUGUAUACGGAAGCAUAUGUAGCAUGAUCACGUCCAUAUGAUCUAGAGCACAUGAUUAUACACUGUAUUUAUUCAUAUUUAUAUUUUACUAUAGAUGAAGACGAUUUUUUUUCUUCAAAUAAAUUUCCUGGCCAACAA